ACCACGGUAGUAUUAAACCCAACCCAGGCACGCUCUAACAUCAAAACCCUUGUUUCGUGUUGUUGUUUGUUGUUGUUGAUUGUAAAAAUGGGGAAAGAUGAGGAAGAGAGCAGAGGGGUGUCAGAUGAGAGACACAUAAACGAGGAAUACAAAACAUGGAAAAAGAACACCCCAUUGUUGUAUGAUUUGGUAAUAACCCAUGCUCUUGAAUGGCCUUCUCUCACUGUUCAGUGGCUCCCACCUUCUCAACUCCCUCACAAGCUCAUUCUUGGCACCCACACCUCUGAGAAUGAGCCCAAUUAUCUCAUGCUUGCUCAGGUCAAUCUCCCUUCUCAAGAUCCGGAUUCUUUUCUUAAUACCCCCAAUGGGAAUGGGGCGGUUUCUCCUCAUCAGCCUAAUCCUCAGGUUCAAAUAAUUCAACAAAUUAACCAUGAUGGAGAGGUUAAUCGGGCUCGCUAUAUGCCCCAGAACCCUUAUAUCAUCGCCACAAAGACAGUAAGUGCAGAAGUCUACGUGUUUGAGUAUAACAAACACCCAUCUAAGCCUCCUUUAGAUGGAGCGUGUAGUCCAGAUCUGAGGUUAAGGGGCCACAGCACCGAAGGAUAUGGCUUGUCAUGGAGUCCGUUCAAGCAAGGCCACUUAUUGAGUGGUUCUGAUGAUGCUCAGAUAUGCCUGUGGGACAUUAAUGUUGUUCCUAAAAAUAAGACUUUGGAUGCUAUGCAAACAUUUAAGGUUCAUGAAGGUGUUGUGGAAGAUGUUGCAUGGCAUCAGAAGCAUGAAAACCUAUUUGGCUCAGUUGGGGAUGAUCAUUAUUUGCACAUAUGGGAUCUUCGAGCUCCAGUAGUAACCAAGCCUAGUCAGUCUGUUGUUGCUCAUCAAAGCGAGGUGAACUGUUUGGCAUUCAAUCCUUUUAAUGAAUGGGUGCUAGUAACAGGGUCUACGGAUAGCACUGUUAAGUUAUUUGAUCUUCGUAAACUGUCUACUGCUGUCCAUACCCUAGACAGUCACAAAGAGGAGAUUUUCCAGGUUGGGUGGAGUCCACAACAUGAGACAAUGUUAGGUUCAUGUUGUCUUGGCAGGAGACUAAUGGUGUGGGAUCUUAGCAGGAUUGGCGACGAGCAAACACCGCAGGAGGCUGAAGAUGGGCCCCCAGAGUUACUUUUUGUACAUGGUGGCCACACAAGUAAAAUUUCAGAUUUCUCUUGGAACCAAAGUGAAGAUUGGGUUAUUGCCAGUGUAGCUGAAGACAACAUACUUCAAGUCUGGCAAAUGGCAGACCAUAUUUACCUUGGUGAGGAAACUGCUCCAGGAGAAGAUGCAACCAAAGGUUCUGAUGCAUAAGUUUUCCGUUCUAAAGAGGCGCGCGCCGUAGGCUGAACUAUUAGAAAUUCAAUUUCUUUUAGUUUUCGUGUUCCUCCAUGGUCCAUGAUGCGCAGCAGGGAAUUAAAAGAUUAAAUUGUAUUUUCUAUAGUCUUAUCUAGUUAUUUUCUAUAGUCUUAUCUGGUUAUAAAGUUAAUUGUAAUUGUACUGAACUUUGAAUGAUAGUUGAGUACGAGAAGGAUUUGUUUCCUUUA